UCAUUCGUCCCGGCUUUACAAUCGAACGCUUAUUCCUCGCGAAUUUCUGAUAAUGAAGUCUUUCGUCGAGUACUCCGAUAACUCUGAUUUUCCAAUACAGAAUUUACCUUAUGGAAUCUUCACUACACCAGAGAACCUUAAGAAGAGAAUAGGUGUUGCUAUUGGAAAUGAAAUUCUCGACUUAUCAGCAAUAGCUCAUCUUUUCACUGGACCACUACUGAACAGUAAGCAAGAUGUAUUUUGCAAAGAGUACCUGAAUGAUUUUAUGUCCCUUGGCAGACCGUCGUGGAUCGAAGCCAGGCAAACUUUACAAAGCUUACUCUCCACGGACAAUCAAACGCUUCAACAAACCGAUUUAAGAUCCAAAGUAUUGGUGCCACAAGUGAAGGCAACGAUGCACCUACCAGCUCGAAUUGGGGAUUACACAGACUUCUAUUCCUCCAUUCACCACGCAACGAAUAUCGGAAUCAUGUUCCGUAACAAAGAAAACGCACUCAUGCCUAAUUGGAAAUAUCUGCCAGUGGGUUAUCACGGGAGAGCGAGUUCGAUCGUGAUAUCGGGCACACCUAUACGCCGAGCUCGCGGCCAAACACUUCCGGUCGAGGAAGCGCCGCCGAUCUACGGCCCUUCAAGGCUAAUGGACUUUGAGCUCGAGGUCGCCUUCUUCGUAGGUGGGCCACCGACGAAACUGGGCGACACGGUGGUCGCGUCGCGGGCCGAGGAGCACAUUUUCGGACUGGUCACUAUGAACGACUGGAGCGCCCGUGAUAUUCAAAAAUGGGAAUACGUUCCAUUAGGGCCGUUUGGAGCAAAAAAUUUAGGCACGACCAUAAGUCCUUGGAUAAUUACUUUGGAAGCAUUGGAAGCUUUUAAAGUUCCAAGUAUGCCGCAAGAUCCAAUACCAUUUCCAUAUCUUCGAUACGAUAAUCCUUAUACUUUUGACAUCGAAUUAGAAGUUGAUCUGAAAACCGCAAAUGGUGUCGUAACAACAAUCACUCGAAGUAAUUACAAAUACUUGUAUUGGAGCGCACAGCAGCAAUUAGCUCAUCACACUGUCACUGGUUGCAACAUUAAUCCUGGCGAUCUGAUGGCAUCUGGCACAAUUAGCGGCGAAAUGGCUGAUUCAUACGGUUCGAUGCUUGAGCUUAGCUGGAAAGGUACGAAACCAAUUCAAUUAAAAGACGGAAGUGCCAGAAAAUUUUUACAAGACGGAGAUGAAAUUAUUAUUAAGGGUUACUGCAGUGGCAAUGGUUAUAGAAUUGGUUUUGGCAGAUGUUCUGGAAAAUUAUUACCUGCUCACACAGUAUAAUUUUGCCAUACGUAAUAUUAUAAUAU